AUGAAACCUGCGCAGCCUCCUUCCAGUAGCCAACCGGCCAUAAACCCUCCUGCCAAACCGAAACGCAAGAAUCUCAACCCUCAAGCUCUUGUCUCAAAGUUUUGGAAAAAGUAUCACUCCAAGACUCCUGGCAAGGUAACCUCUAUUUUCCCCCAGAGCCUGUACGAAUCUCUCCUGACAGACGCGGACUCUUCGGAGCCCGAAACUCGAAACGCGGCGCAGAGCUACGAGGCUGCUGCUAAGAAUUGCCGUGCUCGAGUUCGUGCCGUCGUCAAAGAGUGCGAGCGUACAAAUGCCAAGUUCAGCGAUCCGGACUUUGACAUUGAGUCCGAUUUUGCAUCGUACCAAGAUAACUGCCUCUUUGGUCUCGUCAGAAAUACCUGCCCUAUCUGCGGAAGCGAUAGCGAUGAUGACGAGGACAUCGAGUACGGAUCAACGAGCGAUGCUCGGCGGACGAAGAAACCUCGCGAUCGCAAGCCCAGCGACGCUCUGAAAAACAACAAGCGCGAGAGCAACACGGAUAGCCUACGGGGAGACGGCCCUUACCACGGGGGCCUUUUCUGCCGACAGAGAAGGCCUGGUUCGGUUCAUCGCAUCCCUUGGAUCUUCGAAAACCCCCAGUUCACCAUCGAUGGCUUUUCCAGUUCGGACGUCAAGCAGGGUGCAACUGGCAACUGCUGGUGGUUGGCUGCUCUCGCCACCAUCGCUCAUCGCAAAGACCUGAUGAAGAAGAUUUGCGUUGCACGAGAUGAAGAAUGCGGUGUCUAUGGCUUCGUCAUCUACCGCGACGGAGAAUGGAUCUCGACUGUCGUGGAUGAUAACCUGUAUCUGAAGAACAGAGACUUUGGAGAGGACAGCCAAGUCUACGACGCAACCCUCAAGAAGGCCCGCCAAUACAAGAAGCAGAAGCAGACAGGUUCCGAGGCCUUGUACUUUGCCAAGUGCGAGGACCCCAACGAGACCUGGUUGCCCCUGCUGGAAAAAGCAUUUGCCAAAGUCCAUGGCGAUUACCAGUCUAUGGAAGGCGGAUGGGCUGGAACAGCUGUCGAGGAUCUCACAGGCGGCGUAGCCACCGUAGUCGCGGGAAAUAGAGUUCUUCGCAAGGAACGGCUGUGGCGAGAAAUGCUUGGAUCGGACGGCGAAGAUGGAGAGUUUGUCUUUGGUCUAUCUGCGGGUGGACCUGGAGAUGAGCACAAGAACGGAAUUGUCUUACAGCAUGCUUAUUCCGUGCUUAGAGUUGCCGAAGUGCAGAACGAAGAUGGUGUCAAGUUUCGUCUGGUUAAAAUUCGAAACCCCUGGGGACAGAGAUCCGAAGCCGGCCAAGGCGAGUGGCAUGGUCCAUGGUCAGAUGGCUCCAAGGAGUGGACUCCGUACAUGAUCAAGAAGCUCAAGCACGAGUUUGGUGACGAUGGAGUCUUUUGGAUGUCAUUUGGCGACAUGCUCGAUAACUUCAAAUGGAUGUACAGAACCCGACUCUUUGAUGAGCGAUGGACUGUGGCUCAGCAAUGGUUGAGCAUCAGUAUCUCGUGGCUUACCGGCUACCUUAAGAAGAAGUUUGUUAUUGAGGUCGAGGAAGAGGGCAUGGUUGUUAUCGUUCUUUCACAGCUUGACGACCGCUAUUUUACCGACCUUAAGGGGCAGUAUGUGUUCACUUUAAGCUUUCUCAUCAAGUCUUCGGACGGCAAGAAUACCAUCUGCGCCGUACGUCCGGUACACCAAUGGGAUCGACGUUCGAUCAACUGCGAAGUCGAACUCGAACCAGGCACCUACGAAGUCAUCCCUAAGAUCAUGGCGGAGCGACUCGUUUGGCGGCCAAGAGUGGAAAAGAUGGUCAAGAGAGCAGCCGACGACAACCCAAAGAAGCUCCGCCAGUUGGGCCUGCAGUACGAUCUAGCCCACGCCAAAGGUGGCGUGCUAGAUGAGGACGACGCUCUUCGCAAGAAGCGCGAGGCCGAGAAGUCAAAGAAACUCAAAGUUAAGAAGCAAGAGGUCAAGAAGAAACAAAUGGCGGAGGCGAUGGCACGAAUGGAGGAAGCGAUGGUGGCGAUGAGGAAUGAGUACAAUCAAUACCUCAAUGAGAAGGAAAACGAGAAGGAUAAGGAUAAGAAGGACGAGACUGCUGAGGAUGACGAGGAGAAGAAGAAGGAUGAUGAACCCGAGCCUAAGGAUCCCGAGCCUAAGGACCCGGUUGUCGAGCCUAAAGACAAAGGAGACCACCAGGCGCCUCCAGGGUUCUGGCCAGAAGAUUCUCCCAGCAAGAGCGACCUGGACGUUUCGAAACAUUCCGAAACAUUGGUUGAGCCAAGAAAGGAGCCUCCAUCUUCUCGUGGCACGAACGAGGCAAUGGAAGAGACGAAAAGAAUGUCUUUCCGAACCCCAUCUCCUCGUGGUACUAGCCGUCGCGGUCUUCCGACACCGCCGGUGCAGUAUCAAUAUCAAUACCAAGACCAUGGUCCUCUUCGCAACAGCAGACGAUUGACCAUGACGGACGACAGCAUGGACCCGUACCCCGUGUUUACACCACCGACGGAGCCUGCAUCCGAUUCGGAUCUUGACAGCUCAAGUUCUGGCUCAGGCUCUGGUUCUGAUACUGCGUCUGAUGACAACAAUUCGUCGAGCUCGGACAGUGAUAGCAUGAGUCUAUACCCACGUCGACGGUUUCGCCAGCGCAAGAGACAACCCUGGAAUGCCGUGUGCGUGAUCGGCCUUCGUGUCUAUGCUCAACAUGCAGGCAUCAAGGUACGUCUCGCUGACCAGAAGCGCGAUGAGGCUACUGAGCUCGUCGCACCAGAGGCAAGCAGCGCGGCUGGUCCGAGUGAGUAG